AUGCCGUUCCGUUCUGCGCACGUCGAGACUGACAUGGCAGAUCCAUACAGGGACUUUCCGCGCCUGAAGCGCCAGACCUUCACCAUGUCCAACAACACAAGCUCAAUAGACGGCGCGGCAGACACGUCGACGACUGCUGCCCCUUCACCCCCCCAGACUACUACUACCGAGGUCACAUCCUCGAGCCCGUCGUCAACGCCCCCUGCACCUCCACCCUCUACUACGUCGACGACAAGCUCGUCGUCAUCGACGGCCCCGCCGCCAGCACCGCCCACGACGUCAACGAGUAGCUCAUCACCCCCACCAGUAGCUCCACCACCAUCGUCAACUACCCCUCCACCUAGUAGUUCGCAAGGAGAAUCAUCAGUCAGCAGCUUACCGCCGGAUGAUGUGACAUCAACGCCACCAUCCACCACCUUCAUAAUCAUUACCGAGACAAGCACCCACCCGGGGGGUACGGGCAGCAUCACUUCGUCAUCGGCAACAUCGACGUCAACUUCGGGCUCUGCCAUCAGUCCCAGUGAUGGCUCAGACGGAGGAGGGCUAAGCAACGGAGGGAAAAUUGCUGUCGCGGUUGUGGUCCCCAUUGCAGCGGUCGCUCUCCUCCUUCUGGCUGGCAUUUUCUUUUGGCGCAAGAGGAAGCAGCGGAAGGAUGCUGAGGAGCAGAGACGGAAGGAAGUGGAGGACUAUGGUUACAACCCGAAUGCCGACCCCACGAUACCAGCAGUUGCCGGAACAGCCUAUGAAAUGAGGGAGGACGGCUCGUCCGGUUACAGAGGCUGGGGCUCUACGCCCAUUGUUGGCUCCACGGGAAGAAAGGCAUCGACGACUAUGUCGGGCGGUGCCGGUGCUUACUCGGACGCGACUUCGCCCACGCGAGCUACUGCAGACACACGGUCUGGGGAGCCGCUGAUGGGCGAUGUGCCCCCUUCGCCCGAGGGCGAGAUUUUGGGGGCGAUGGGUCCGUCGGCCGCCAACAACCGCGCUGACGUGCGUCGCGGCCCCUCAAACGCCUCGUCGUCAUAUAGCGCUGCUGGGCGAUCGGAUGGUUCUGGUGACCCUCCCAUCGGUGUUGCCUACGGAGGCGGCGAUCAGUACUAUGACCAAUACGGCGGCGGAAAUCCAUAUACGGACAAUGGAUAUCCACCCCACCCCGGGCCGAGCGCCUCACCAGUUAUCCGGGACGUGACAGCCAGGAGGAACACACGCAUCGAAAACCCGGCGCAUUAUCCACAACAGACUGCUGGCAUUUCGCAGAAUUUCUGA